GCACCCGACUGCGUGCGACAGCCAGCAGCAGCGUCGACUAGCCCCUGUCGAACCCGAGCACAAGCCGUCGUAUACAGCCGCAGUAGCCUACACAGCUCGCCGUCGGUCGAUCGCCCCUGUCCUGUCGCGCGCCGUCCCCUUCCUUCCGCCUGCGCCCUCACCCCGACUCGACCACCGGCUCUUCGCCUUCUUGCCGCCAUGUCCGCCGACCCUGUCGUCCAGGGCGCCGCGCCGCCGGCGAUGGAAGGUGUCGUCGCUCAACCGGGACCGAGCGAGAACGAGCGCGGCGGCGACGCGACCGUGUCGGCCCCUCGCAGGCGCGCGCCAUCGCCCAUUUCGACUCGCCAGGACCCCAACCGCCCGUUCACGUUCAAGCGCCAGUCGUCGGGCUUCACCUCCUUCAUGAACUCGAUCGCUUCGCCCACGAGCGAGGUCCGCACCCGACCGGCGACGCCCGCCGAGUCGGCGACUCGCUCGACCUUCUUCACGGGCUCGCCCGCCGUGCCCGACGCGCUGCCGACGAGCGCCGCCCCGGUCUUCAGCGUGUCGCCCGUUCCGGCGCAGCAAGACCUCGACCUUCCGGCGGCACCGGCGCUGCAGCUCAGGGGCCCGUCGCCCCUCCCGGACGAGGACGAGGACCGCCCCAAGGGCCAGGGCACCCUCGAGCUCGAGCGCGUUCUCGGCAUGUGGGCCGCCAAGACUGCU